AAUGUAAUUAUAGUUCCAUACAGUGUACACUUUCCUCUAAAGGACAUUUAAGCGGUGGAUGUCGUUUGUCAACAGGAUAUUUAAUUAUAUAAUUGAGGAGAACUAUAUAGGGCUAGUCUGGGCUACGGCAUAAUUGUUCCCAGUAAGGAACUUUGUUACCGAAUUUUAGUCAAACUUUAACAUAGAAAGAUAGUAGACGUGCGUUGCCCAUUAAGCUAUACGAUUUUUGAGCAUAUGAAAAUUCAAGAGUGAGCAAAUAAAAGCAUUAACUUCAUAAUGAAGCGCUCCAGAGAGAAAGAACCGUUACGCAUUACAAUUGGAUCUACGAAUCAUCAAAUGAAAUUGAUCUUAAACCGCGUGCGAACGACCAAGUACACGUGGCUAACCUUUGUCCCCCUAAACUUCUACGAACAGUUCCGUCGAGCCGUCUAUUUCUACUUUCUAAUAAUAACGAUUAUAUCGUUUUUCGUUAAUGAUACUAUAUCUCCAUGGACAUCACUGCUGCCGCUGCUGUUCGUUAUGAUAGUGACUGCGCUGAAGGAAGGUAUAGAGGAUUAUUCGCGAUCGAAAAACGAUAGAAGUGUUAAUUCAGCCAAAGUGACCGUUAUACGCAAUGGAAAGGAACAGUGUAUCGAUUCGGAAUACGUACAACAAGGCGAUCUGGUGGUAGUGACUAGUACGAGCUACGUUCCAUGCGAUUUGGUAUUGCUUUAUUCGUCUUCGGCAAGGAACAUCUGUUUUGUGAACACGGCGAACUUAGACGGAGAAACGAAUCUUAAGCCAAUCUUUGCACCCACUAACUACACUUACGAUUUGGGAGACAUUGUUAGCCACUUAGUUCACAUCAUCUGUGAACGGCCAACUCCUGAUCUCUACAAAUUCAAUGGACGUAUAGAAACGCACACAAAUGGCACAGAUAAUCCUGAAGUAAUACCAUUGACAAUUGAGAAUCUCUUGUUACGUGGUGUACGCAUUCGGGGACCAGAUCGUGUGGUGGGUUGUGCCAUUUACACAGGGAUGUUCACAAAACUCCAACUUAACAGCCGCUAUACGGGCAACAAAUCCGCCUCCAGUGAGCACUACAUCAAUAAAUUCAUUAUAGCUCUGAUCGUAGGAAUGGUAGUUGUUGUCCUUAUACUCUACCUAAUGGAACGCCAAAAAGUAUCAGAAGUUUAUCCGACUAUUUACUAUUUGGGACCCCCCAUUGAGUACAACGCGAUUUGGCAAAUCUUUGAGGAUUUCUUAUCAUUUUUAAUUCUAUUCAACUAUAUGGUGCCUAUUUCAAUGUAUAUGAAUAUCGAACUAUACCGAGUUUUCGGCGCUCUUUUUAUGAGAUCCGAUAUUCAUUUGUACGACGAGGAAACCGAUCAGCCCUGUGGAGUGAAUGCGUCCAAUUUGAAUGAAGAUCUUGGUCAGAUCAACAUAUUAUUUUCAGAUAAAACUGGAACUCUAACAAAAAAUCAAAUGAUCUUUCUCAAGUGCUAUGUCAAUGGACAUAACUACGUUUUACAAAAUAGUCAAUUGUAUUGCCCCGAUAGAGACGAGAUCUACGAACUAGGCGCAAUGGAUGCCGAUGUGAAGAUCUUAUUUGAAGCGUUAGCCUUAUGUCAUACAGUGGAAGUAAUGUCCAGCUCUGAUGAUAAAUCAAACGAAACUCAAUCGGAAAAGGACAGCUUAGUAACUACAGGCAUCAUUGACAGAUAUCAGGCAUCUAGCCCAGACGAGAAGGCCAUACUCGAGGGCUGCGCUAAGUUGGGUUUAAUUUUUGAGGGCACAGAUAACAACUCAAUGCGUCUCAGCCGAAUCUUUAACGGUCAAAAUUAUGGCGUUGUGCAAUACGAGCGCCUUCAUGUGCUCGAGUUUAGCUCGGAGAGAAAACGCAUGAGCAUUAUUAUCCGGGAUGAGAUGGGCGUUAUUUGGCUGUAUAGUAAAGGUGCUGAAGCGUCCAUACUACCACGCUGCAAGCCAACAUCGCCUACUACGGAAACUGACGUCCAAAUAACUCAAUAUGCCAAAGAGGGUCUUAGGACCCUUGCUGUCGCCAGGCGCCGACUGACUGAAGAUGAAUUUGUCACAUUCGUUGCAUCAUGCAAAGAGGCCAGCAUUCAACUCACGGAUCGCAAAGAACUUCUUGCACUAUGUUACGAGACCAUUGAAGUGGAUUUCGAUCUGCUGGGCGCAACGGCUUUGGAAGACGCACUCCAGGAUGACGUUGAUAAAACGUUAAUCGCGCUGCAGGAAGCUGGCUUAAAGAUUUGGGUCCUUACAGGCGAUAAUGUGGAAACGACAUUCUCCAUCGGCAGAGCCUGCAAGCAUAUACCGGAAAUAGCCGAGGUGCACUUUCUUAUCAAUAUAACCGUAUGUGAAGCACUGCAAAAGCGGUUGAAUCAGAUAGAACUUGGCAUAACAUCAGCUACAUCGAAACCCACGUGUCUAGUCAUCGAUGGUAUAACGGUAUCCGCCCUACUCACGCAUUUGCCGGAACAAUUCACUGAUGUGGCCCUCAAGUGCAAGGCCGUGCUCUGCUGUCGUUUGAGCCCUCUGCAGAAGAGCGAAAUAGUUAUGCAUAUAAAGAGGUCGAGCCAGCACAUUACAGCAGCCAUUGGUGAUGGCGCCAAUGAUGUGUCCAUGAUCCAGGAAGCUCACAUUGGUAUUGGCAUAUCCGGGGUGGAGGGCAAGCAGGCAGCCCGCAGCGCUGACUAUGCAAUAGCCAAGUUCUUUAUGCUACAACGCCUGCUCCUAGUGCAUGGCCAUUACAAUAAUGAACGAUUAGCGUUUAUGGUGCUUUUUUACUGCUACAAGAAUCUGAUAAUCACAGGUUGCAUGGCUCUGUUUCAAGUAUACGAUCUGUAUUCGGCGACAUCUGUCUAUAACGAACUUUUCUUGUGGCUAUUUGAUAUAAUUUACAUAUCCUUUAGCUUCACGUAUUUGGCCAUGUCCGAUAAGCAUUAUAGUGAGAGUACAUUGUUGAGAUUUCCAACAUUAUAUAAAGCAAUCGCACACAACAAGCUGACCUCGUGGAAGUCAUUUCUAAUGUGGAUUUCAAUCGGUGCCCUUCAAACUGUCAUCAUUUUCUACUUUGCAUAUGCCAUUUUGUAUGACAAUAAUAUCGUGUUCAACGAAGGACAAACUGCAGAUUUCUCAACUUUUGGAACUAUGCUUAUAAUGGUACUCGUAAUUGUAGGUAAUUUGAAGGUAUUGCUAGUCUCACACUACAUGAGUUACCUCAACUUUGCAUUUAUUAUUGCAUCGAUUCUUGCAUUUAUAUUAAGCACUUACCUUUAUAAUUUAGAUAGUAGCAGUACCCUAUACUAUGUGUACAACAUGUUUUUGAGUUCGCUUCCUAUCUGGCUAUAUAUUAUUAUUUGUACGAUAGUAUGUCUGCUACCUGACUUUUUGAUGAGAGCCAUUAACGACAUGUUUUUAGAUAAGCCCGAGUCAACAUUAGUAAAUCUUUAAUCAAUAACUAAACAAAUCUUUAAUUUAAUACUUGAUUUAAAAAAUAUAUACAUUGAUAUGUCGCGGCAAUUUUAUUUUAUUUUUCAGGGCUGCUCAACUUUUAGCUGAGUAUAGUCACUAACCAGAGAACACAUCGACUACACUAGACUUGGGUAGCUCAUGAGUGAGUGAGCCAAAAUGAAUAGCUCACUAAACUGAACCACUCAGCUAGCUCCUUCAAUAUGGCUCAAACCUAAAAAUCGUAACAGAUCGACUCCUAUUUCAGUAAAUUUACCUUCAGUGCAAUCUUCAUCAAGCAUUAUGCCAAAAAACUAAAUAAUUUACAAUCUUCUUCUCAGCUGUCUCUGAUUGAUCAAAAUGUACGUGGCUUAAAUUCUAAACUUAAAAAUCUAUUCUUGCACAGUUUUAGUGUACAAUAUGAUAUUAUAGCAUUCACUGAAACCUGGCUAAGUAAUAAUAUCCUUUCAGUUAAUUUCACUACUUAUAGACUCGAUCGUUUGGUGCGCAGAGGGGGUGGGGUGUUGAUUGCUGUUAAACCUAUUAUCCUCUCUGAAUUGUUUACCUUUUCGUCCCUUCAUGAUGCGGAGAUUAUAGGGGUUAAAUUAACUCUCCAAUCGUGCUCAUU